CUCAACCUUUCCACACUGACGGGAUGUUACGGGUUUUGUUGCUUAUUCUCUCUCUAGUUGCCAUUGCACAUACAGAGCUCUGCAAGCCAGAUGCACAGAAUGCUUUCAAAGUCCGGCUUAGUAUCAAAACAGCUUUGGGAGAUAAUGCAUAUGCUUGGGAUGCUAAUGAAGAGUACCUCUUCAAAGCAAUGGUGGCUUUUGCAAUGAGAAGAUAUUCCAGCAAGAGAACAACUCAAAUUUCCAAUGUGCUGCUCUGCAAUGUGACGGAUCGAGUGUCAUUUUGGUUUGUGGUCACAGAUUCUUCCAAAAAUGUGACUACUGUCCCUGGAAGUGAGGUAGAGGCAGCCAUCAGGAUGAACAGGAACAGAAUCAACAGUGCCUUCCUACUGAGUGACAAAACACUGCAGUUCCUGAAAAUAACCUCAACCUUAUCACCUCCUGUUGAACCCUCCACACCUGUCUGGCUUAUCGUAUUUGGUGUUGUUCUUUGUCUCAUUGUGGCUGGAAUUGUUUUGCUCAUUGUUGGAGGGAUUCGGCAACACAAGAAAAAGAGCAAAGAGUCAACAGAGAGAGAAAGUUUAGAAGAGAAAGACGAAGUGACAGUAACAGCAGAAAAUGGGAUUCCUUGUGAAGUGCUGGAUUUAAAAGCAGGCCACAUUAAUGGAGUCUUUGCAGCAGAUGAUGAACGGUUCACAUCCUUAUGAAAUGCUGCCAUUACUAUCCGGCAGUUUUUUUUAAAAAACUCCUGUGCCUACCUUAUCUUGCCACUACUCCUGAAUGUCAAACAUGAAGACAAGAAGAAUGUCCUUUCACUUAAUUUCCCUCAAGAGAACCUUUUGCUGAUAGCACACUUAAACCUCCAUUACAAAGCCUUUGUUCCUGAGGAAAGCGAAUGAGAAGACCUCAAAUGAUACCCAUUAAAGAUUUCCGGAAGAUAUGCAGCAAAAUGGAGUUAAAACCUGCCUUGUGUUAGACAUUUAAUUUUUAAUAA